CAGGCAUCUGCAUCGGUUAUGACGGCCUUGGUGGGCCUCGUUGGCAAUCGCGGUACUCAGCAUGUUGGCAAGGGACUCCAGAUCGGGUCUAUCGGGCACGAUCAGUGGGGCGGUCCUCCAUGGUGGGAUUGGCGUUUCGAAUAUAUAUCUGUCCUUUAUUCUGUAUGUCCGUGACAAGGUACGACCUAAAGUGUCCUAUGGCCAUCGCAUACAGGAAUCGACAUCAUGACGAAAACCACCUCCAUCCUCACCACGCUGGAUGAGAUCCUCAACCAGAAACAUCUUCCGCUGGACGAGGUUCUCAAUCGCAAUUUUACCCCAGACUACCGCCAACGCACCAAUGGGAAUUGGGACGACCGUGAGGCAUUCGCCCAGCAUGCCCAAAAGCUGCGCGAAAUCGUAGCUUCAGCCCGGAUCGAGAUACUGGAUGAACUGCGAGACGGUGAUCGUUAUGCCGAUCGCCACAUUGUCCACAUCACCAAGCGUGACGGUUCGCGGGUUGUCCAAGAGGUCUAUCUGUUCGCGCAUGUCGAUCAGGACGGCCGUUUCAAGCGCGUCGAAGAAACCACCCUGAUGCUCGACGGCGGGGAGGCCGAUCGCAAUAUUGGUCAUGCGAAAUGACGCGGCAUGGCUCGCGCCUCGAAAUACUGCCCGGUCGCCAGCGCCAUGAGCUACCUCUCCAGCGCCUCUGCUUCCAGUUUCGAGUAUCCAGGCACCAGCUGAAGCGCUCAAAUAGUUCUGCUACCAGAUAAUAUGUCCCAACCCAGAUGCUCCCAAAGUUGUCCAAUAAACCAUUCAGCCGCGUCCUCAUCUUGCUCCGCCCCUUCCAUCAACUUAACAGCACCGAUUUCCUCUUCAUCCUCGGCUUCAUGGCGCCUAAGAGCGUUAUAAAAUGUGUCAUCAUCAUCUCCAUAAACUCCGCGAAGUAGGGUGUUUUGGAGGGUCUUCUCAAUAUGCUCUCGGAGUCCUUGAGCGCGUCUCGGGUUCCGCUGCUGUAAUGAAAAGAGUGAUAUCGAAACUUCAGACAUCUGCUUGGUACCAGUACGUAGAAAAUCGACACACCUCCGCAGGACAAAAAUGAGGUACGGGCCCUCAAGCUUUGCACUGCCCAUGGCAGCUUCGAGAUCCAGGUGGGCAACGUCUACUAUGCCCCGUGGUGGGAGGACACCUGUGGAGUCCCUACAGCCUUGGCCUGUUCUUCCGAAAACGAAGAGGGACAACACUGAUCCGACAUGGUCGAGAAGGGCACACAGGAAGCCCUCCAGGAGCUCACAGUGGAUGUCGCUGGACGUAUCGAGGUCCGUUACCAUUCUGGUCAAUGUUUUGGCGAGGAGCUUGGCUUCAUUUGUAUAGGCAGAAGAAGGAACCAACGGCGUUCUUUUGAGGGCUUUCGUGCCAGAACGACGGCCUCUUUUGCUUGACUUAGUGGCGUCGGAUAUCCUGACAGCCUCAUCCAGAGUACAUUGGUGUAGACGUCCUAGAAAAGUCUCAUAUAAUCUGACAAUGUCGGAAAGUGUUGAUGCCAGGCGCUCACCACCCUUGUCGGCAUCCAGUCUGGCGAUUUUCACAGCCUCCAGGAUAGAAGAAUAAGCAUGCCCAGUUACCCUGCAAAGAUGCUGAAUAGACUG